UCUCCUAUACGCUACUCACCCGCUCCGCCGCUCUUCCUUCGCGCUUCUGCAGUUCUGCUCUCUCCGCCCUCCGGCAGUCUACUCCCUUCCAUUAUUUCCCACGGUACGGAUAGGCGAAAAUCCUCAACUCUUUCCCCCGUUCUCUGGCUUUUUGCUUCUGAGCUAUCGAGCUGUGUCUUGGUGUGUUGUUUCCGCGCGCCCGAUUUCGAUCUAGGGUUUCGACGGAAUACUCUGCUGAACUUGCUGUGUAUAUUGAUGUUGCGAUGAAACGAGUGGUUGAUUUUGCUGGGCGUUGACUUGACGCCGGUGGUGAUUGAAUAAUCGGAGCUCUGAAGAUUUCUAUUGGGUCGUUGAUCGUUUUUGUUUGUUUUUUUGUUCUCCUUAUGUUUUUUUUGUUUUUAUGGUAUUGCGAAUGAAAUGUAUCUUCAGUGUGUCUGUUUGUCUCCAUCUCAUUCCUUUUCGCUCGAAUUGUUAGGUGUCCAUGUAUUCUGAGUCACGCACUUUUCUGGGAAAAAAUUGGUUCAUGAAUCGUGGGAGGCUGUGGCGGUCUUGGAAGUUCUUCUUCAGGCAUUGGACUUGACAUCUGGAUCUCUCAGUAGUUUGUAGUUAGAGGGAAGGUGGGAGAUAGAGGGUAGUUAUCUGUGCAGAAGAUUUAGCUAUUUAGAGAAGAACAGAAAAAAACUAGUAGUAGUAGUAGUAGAUAAGGAAAACAAACAGCUGUAGAGGAUCUCGGUACAUUGUCCGCAACCCUUUUGCCUGUCAUGGUGGGAAACACAAGGCUACCCCCAGGUUUUCGUUUUCACCCGACUGAUGUCGAGCUGGUUAGGUUUUAUCUGAAGAGGAAAGUGAUGGGAAAGAAGCUCCCUUUUCAUUGCAUUGAGGAGCUCGACCUCUACAAGUUCCCUCCUUGGGAUCUCCCACAGAAGUCGGUGUUGAGAACUGGAGAUCUGAAGUGGUACUUCUUUUGCCCUAGAGAGAAGAAGUAUGCAAGUGGCACAAGGAUGAAUCGUGCUACUGAAUUUGGGUACUGGAAGACCACAGGGAAAGAUAGAACAGUUUCUUAUGAUAAUGAGGUGUCUGGAAUGAUCAAGACUCUGGUUUUCCACCGGGGUAAGGCACCAAAGGGGGAGCGGACUGAUUGGGUUAUGUAUGAGUAUAGACUGGAGGACAAGAAGUUGACUGAAAGUGGCAUUGCUCAGGACUCUUAUGUCCUCUCUGUGAUCUUUAAGAAGGAUGGGCCAGGACCUAAAAAUGGUGCUCAAUAUGGGGCACCAUUCAAGGAGGAAGAUUGGGAGUUGGAGGAUGAUGACGAAGAGGAAGUGAAUGAUAUAGGAGCUGCUUUAUGGGCUGGUGGGUCUACUACUCCCCCAUCUAAGGGACUGUUAGUUGAUCCUGUGAGUUCAGUGCCUGAAGGUAGUUGUGUCGUGUCGCCACUAUCAUGUCUAUCGACUGAGAAAGCAAAUGCAUAUGAGGCACCUGUUACUCCUGGUACUGUCAAUGCUACUACUGAAGGUGUGUCUCAAGCACUUGUUCCUGUUCACGAAGCUCAGCAUGUUGUUCCUGAAGAACCUCUGGAAUCUGCACUGAUCAGUUCCAUGGGGGUGCCUGAAGCUGGAAAUGGGGAGUAUGACGAUGAUGAUGUGCUGGCUAUGUUGGCUAACUUCUCUGAAGAAGCUCCGUACACACUGGAUCAUUUCCAAAAUACUGAGAUGAUUAAUAAUCCCAAUCAAGUCGGUGUGAUUAGUAAUCCCGAUCAAGCCGUUGCUGUGCCAUCCUGUCCAGCUCUGGAUGGCAAUGAAAUCUACAGAAAUCUGGGAGAUAUUGGGAACUUGGCCACAUACAGCGCACCUCAGGGCCUGAUCAAUGGCUAUGUUGUUGAACACAACAACGCAGAUUUCAUGGAGUUGGUGGAUCUGGACGCCCCGCUGAACAGCUUCCAACAACAGCAACACCACAAUCAAUACGGAGAUCCCCUGCGUUUGCAGCAGAACAACUACAACAUGUACAACAACAACAACAAUGACAGUGUUUGCGAUGAUUUGAUGGACUUCGUCAAUAGCUGCUGGAAGCAUUCCGACGGCGGCCCAUAAUGAGAGUUGGUAGUGAUUGUAAACGAGAGAGAUAACCCUUCGAGCUGAAGGGGAUGAUCGAUUGAUUGUUUUAUUUAUUCGCAUCUGGAUUUUCGUUUCUGCAAUUGAGGCCAUAUCAUAUACACUGCUUCAUAUGGUUUUGACAGUUAACUUUGUUUGGAUUCUUAUUUAUUGAAGUCGCUUAUUUCUUUCGUCCUUUGUUUCUGUUAUUUCCCCACUCUGAUCAACUCCAUAAUUCCAAAUGUGGCGUGUCCUUAUUAUGUGCGCUUCAAUAUAUAGAUUUUUCGUCC